CGUGGCGCUGGCGGAGCGUGGCGGGGUGGCUGGGGCGUCCCGGAGCCCGGUGCGACUGGCUUCCUUUAAACGGGAAUCGGGUGGAACGCGCGUGGCGGAGAGGCAGGCAGGUCGAUCCUAAGGAAGAUCUGGCCUCAAAGCCCGCUUCCCCCCCCCCCCAGGGCUGAGUCCAAAGCCGAGCAGCCUGACCUCGCGGGACUGCGGGCAGAUCGACCGCAGGGGGAGCUCAUCUCCCUGCCGGAGGAGGCGGGAAGAGGAACGGGCUACAGGAGCGUCGGGGAGGAAAACCGAGCUUGAAGAAAAAAAGGAACGUCGGGACGGCGCGGCUGGCGCGGGCGAUGCCUCGCUGAGGUGUGCAGAGUUUGGGGGAAAAACUUGGCGACCCGGUCCCCGAGAAUCGAGACUUUCCGGAGCUGGGAACUGCCGGUCCCUUGGUUUUUUUUGUCUAUGUCUUGUUGGGAGACCUGGUGGAUAUUUCUUGCUUUCCUGAAGGAAGAAGCAGCUGGUGUUGGCGGUUGCCUCCUUAGUCUUUGGCGGACGGCAAAGGAAGAAAAGGGAUCUGGCUUGAGCUGCACAGCGAAGAGAGAGCCUGGACAUGUGUCAGCACAUCUGGGGGAUAGAGGCUGCGAGUCCAAAAGGAGAUUUUCUGGGAUUGUUCAAACGGCAGUAUUGAUCUUUGCUGUGUUUUUUCACCGAGGGAUGCACUUGGCAUGAGAAUCGGAGGAUGGAAAUUGUUUGGGAGGUGCUUUUUCUUCUGCAAGCCAAUUUCAUUGUCUGCAUUUCAGCUCAGCAGAAUUCACCAAAAAUCCAUGAAGGCUGGUGGGCUUAUAAGGAGGUGGUCCAGGGAAGCUUUGUUCCAGUUCCUUCCUUUUGGGGUUUGGUGAAUUCAGCUUGGAAUCUUUGCUCCGUUGGAAAACGGCAAUCACCGGUCAAUAUAGAAACCAGCCAUAUGAUCUUUGACCCCUUCCUUACCCCACUUCGGAUAAACACAGGGGGUAGAAAGGUCAGUGGAACAAUGUAUAAUACAGGGAGGCAUGUUUCUCUACGCCUGGAUAAAGAACAUCUGGUGAAUAUCUCCGGAGGGCCCAUGACAUACAGUCACCGACUAGAAGAAAUACGGUUACACUUUGGCAGUGAAGACAGCCAGGGGUCAGAACAUCUGUUGAAUGGACAAGCUUUUUCUGGGGAGGUUCAACUAAUCCACUAUAACCAUGAGUUAUAUACAAAUGUCACAGAAGCUGCAAAAAGUCCCAAUGGCUUGGUGGUAGUUUCUAUAUUUAUGAAAGUUUCUGAAUCAUCAAAUCCAUUUUUAAAUCGUAUGCUUAACAGAGACACCAUAACAAGAAUAACGUAUAAAAAUGAUGCAUACUUACUGCAGGGACUUAAUAUUGAGGAACUUUAUCCUGAAACCUCUAGUUUCAUUACAUAUGAUGGGUCCAUGACAAUUCCACCCUGCUAUGAAACAGCAAGUUGGAUACUAAUGAACAAACCUGUCUACAUAUCAAGAAUGCAGAUGCAUUCUUUACGGUUACUAAGCCAGAAUCAGCCUUCACAGAUUUUUCUGAGUAUGAGUGAUAACUUCAGACCAGUCCAGCCUCUCAACAAUCGAUGUAUCCGAACAAACAUCAACUUUAGUUUACAAGGGAAAGAUUGCCCGAACAAUAGAGCACAGAAACUACAGUAUAGAGUAAAUGAAUGGCUCCUGAAGUAAUUAAGACACUAAACGGGAAGAAGUUUUCACCUCAACGGAAUGCUACUACUGUGAAUUGAUAUACUACAGAAUGCCCCAGCCCCAUUCAGUCCUCGGUCUUUGUACUUCAUGGAGCCACACUUGAGAGAAAAGGAUGCCAAGUUGGAAAUUCAGCUCAAUGAAAUGUAUUCAUAUGAUCAGUCAUAAGAAAAAAAAAAAGACAAUAUCUGCCAUUCCCAUGAUUACAAUUUUGAUACUGUUUUCCUGAAACUACUAUCGCCCACAAUGAAAAGACUGUUCAGACUUUGUAUAUAUGAACUUCUUCCUCUGUUCCCCUUCUCCCUUCUUCUCUUUCCCAUCAUAACUCCAUUAAAAAGGUGGUUUGCUGCUGCCAUCCAAGUGGAUUUGUGUUCUGUGUGCCAAGUAAUCCUUGGAAAGCUGUCAUAUCACCCUCAUUAUUGGUUACUGGCAAAGCAGAACUAGGGAGAUAGUAAGGGAGAUUUAUUUCUGGAUCAUAGUCUUUCCAUUUGCUUAAUAAUGGACAGAUGCCAAGAUAAGUAUUGUAAAUAGAUCACUGAAGAAUAUAAAGGAAAUUGAAAUAUUUUCCCCCUCAUCACAUACCUGUAGUAGGAACUGCCAAGACUGGAAUUAAUCCAUUUUUCUGUUUCUUGUUUUACAAAGGUCAUACACUGUGUUUGGUUAUUGUUAACAAUUCAAUAAAUGUGUUUAACAAAUUAA